AAAACUGAGCAAAACGAAGCGAAGUGAAUUUUAACGCAAGAUAAUAUUAUAGAAUUUAGAUUAUUGUGUAUUCUUAACGUAUGCAAGAAUAUAUAAAAAGGUUGACUUUGAAAUAAAUUUGUGUGUGAAAACAUCGCUAUGGAUGCAAAGGCGACCGAAAUAUAUAAGGACUUUGCUCAACGUUUGAGAAGAUUAACUUUAUCAAAUGUCUAUAUUAUAGUAAUUCCCGAAGAUGUUACACAACAGUACAAAAAGUAUGUACGUUUGCUCCUUGAAAUCAAAUUAUCAGAAGACUGUUACAAUGCAUAUUAUGGCAUUACAAAGAAAAUUCUAAACAGUUUCGUAAGUUAUUAUACACAUAUGAUGGAUAGGUUUAUUGUCGGAACUGACAAACAUCUUAACAUGCCUGACAAAAACGAAAUAAUAUUUUUAUUGGAACAAACUAUGGGUAUACAUGUUGAUCAACAAAUCAAUUUCGGUAAAGAUUAUUUGCCUGUUCAGUCUGCUGAAGAAAGACAGAAUUACGAUGACAUAGAAAGUAAAUUCGAAGAUUUCAAGUUGCGGUUUGAUGGUUUAAGGCAGAGAGUUGACAGAUUGGAUAAACAGGAUAAAGUGGAUGACUUCGCCAAGGAACAUUUUCAAUAUGCGCUUGACAAAACAAGUGAAGUUUUUGAUUUCGUUCAUAUUUAUAUCGCGAUGUUGUUAAUAGGCAGAGUAAAAGAGAUCCGCAUAAGUUUAGAAGAGAUCUAUUUACGCCUAAAAAACAAUCUCCGUCAAAUAGACGAGGAUUGUGAUCAAGCUAUGAACACCCUUAUGCACAAUCUUUACGACCAAAACAAAGAACUAAUGACAGUGUCUAGAAUGUAUAGGAAGAACUCGUCAGAUAUCGCUGAAGUGACUCGAAGUAUAGAAAAAACGCGAGAACAGUUGGAUGUUUUCAAAUACGAAGUGCCACAAUCUAAACUGGUAGAAGAGGUGGGUUAUUGGAAAAUUAGACUUCGCGACUUUGAGGAAGUAGCCGAACUGAUAAAGAAACUCCAGGCUGAACAAGUUGAUGUGGAGAAGCAGAGAGCAUUGUACAACUCUAGAAGAUGUACAGAGUAUCCGGGAUCGAAGGCCUACUGCUGGAAGCAAAUAGGCAAAUCAUUUGAUGAGAGGAGUGCUCUCCUAAAAGAUAAACUUAUAGAGGCUGGAAAAGCCUUGCUUACUUUCUUUGCAAUCAAAGGUGCUGAUAGGAUUUUCUACGAAAGUGAUUUGGGUAAAUAUUUCGUCGAUGAAUUCGACCAUCAGAUAUACGUGGAGGACUAUGGGCUACGCCUUUACCAUACUAAUUGCAAAGGCGAAUUCAAAGAGAUACCGGACAUUGCACAAUAUCGUUUCAAUGAGUACGGUCGCUACAUCUACGACGACAAGGGCGACAAAACUUAUCAAGUUGCCGCAUGUACUAGCCAGUACAAACUCGAUGAAGACCAAUUGCUGAAGAAAAUCACCAAGGAUUGUGGGCAUAGCGAGGCUGUUAACAGGAAAUGUAAGAUGAGGAUCAAGGAUCCGAAUGACGUGGAAGUGCUUCCUGAUAUUGGAGAAAUUAAUAUCAAAAAAUCUUUGGAUCCAGAAGUAGUGAAGUACCUAUGGGACACUUUUGGCCAUAUUUUGCCUGACGCGUUGCGUGACUUGCUUCAUGAUCACAGCAAGAACCCCAUACAUCAUCUAGCUCAUCGAUUACUCCAUUACAAACACGAACAAACUCUUACGGAGUUAGAAAACAAGAAAAAAGAAGCCGAAGCUUACCGUGAAAAUAUAUUCAAGGAACGCCGAGAUAAAGCGGCAAUGGAAUCAGUAGCCUGGAAAUCCAAGCAGGUGAAGCGUCGCAAGCCCGAGGAAUCAGACAACUUGCUCGAGCGCAUUAUAUACGACGAGAAAAUGGCCGAAAAGGAUUUUAUCGAAUCACUUAACUACUUCUAUAGUUGAAUCGGUUUAUUUUUUAUUGAAAUAUCUUUGUUUUUUUUAAAUUUAUUACAGCUUUUAGUUUUACUAAAUUUGUCUAGUAAAUUUUUGAAGGAUUAAAAUAAUCUUUGAAUUCUCGCACCGUAAUGGAUCGAGCAAACCUAAUGUGCAUGAAACAUACGAUCUAUGCUCUUUGUGGUUCGAUGUAAAGACUAUGGGCCAUGCCUCAUUGCUCAAUCACGCUCCGUCUCGUCAACAUCCGUCGACGGGUUAACGCAGAAUGUAGAAAUUAAAUGAAGUUUUGAACCAAGAAACGCGAGACUCGAAUGCCAUGUGUUUAGCAAAUAUGACGUAAACAUCGGUUUUGAGUCUCGCGACUCUUGGCAUUCGGUCAGCUAUAACAAUAUCUGGUGCAAACCGAAUACAUAUGCC